AGACGCGCCUGCAUCUCGAAUUUCUCAGGAACCACCACGAGCUUCUCCACGACCCGAAAUCCACACUACAAACACCACCCACCCACGACUUACACGCCCGACUACCACCAUGCCAGUCGUCAAAGGCGGUGUCUGGACAAACGUCGAAGACGAGAUCCUAAAGGCGUCAGUCAGUAAAUACGGACUGAACCAAUGGCAGCGCGUGUCGUCGCUGCUGGCGCGCAAAUCCGCAAAACAGUGCAAAGCCCGAUGGUCCGAAUGGCUCGACCCGAGUAUUCGGAAGGUUGAGUGGUCGCGCGACGAGGAUGAGAAGUUGCUACAUCUCGCGAAGUUGAUGCCGACGCAAUGGAGGACUAUUGCGCCGAUUGUCGGCAGGACAGCGACGCAGUGUUUGGACCGUUACAACUCCCUACUCGAUGAGGCCGAGGCGAGAGAUAGUCAGGAGUUGGGACUUGCGGGUCCUGGUGAAGAGGCCGCGGCGCCUUCGGCGGACGAUAUCAGGAAGUUCAGGCCAGGGGAGACGGAUCCAGACCCAGAGACCAAGCCUGCGAGACCUGAUGCCGUCGACAUGGACGAGGACGAGAAAGAGAUGCUUAGCGAAGCCCGAGCGCGUCUCGCCAACACACAGGGUAAAAAAGCGAAGCGCAAGGCCCGAGAACGACAGCUCGAGGACUCUCGACGUCUGGCGCUUCUCCAAAAGCGACGAGAAUUGAAACAUGCCGGAAUCAACAUCAAGUUGUCGAACCGUCGGAAAGGAGAGAUGGACUACAAUGCGGAUAUUCCCUUCGAGAAGGCGCCAGCACUCGGUUUCUACGAUACGGCUGAGGAGGCGCUCAGGAAUGAGAGGCAGCGUGAGGGGAUUGACCCGAGGAAAGCGCUUUCCCACAAAAAGCGACAGGGCGACCAGGACGACAGUGGCAACGGAAAGAGGAGGAAGGGUGAUAAGGAUAAGUCUGGCUCUGCAGCCGCGGCGGCACAGGUUGCGAAGGCGGGACAACUUCAGAAGAUCCGGGAGGCAGAGCAACUCAGCAAGCGGAGAGCGCUCAACCUCCCUGCACCGCAAGUGAGCGAGGCAGAGCUCGAGGAUAUUGUCAAGAUGGGUAUGGUCGGUGAGAAAGCCAACCAGAUGGUGGUUGCCGGAGAGAAUGAGUCCACGAAGGGCUUAAUAGGCAACUACAACAGCGUCAACACUGGCCAACCGAUCCGAACACCGCGCGCUCCGCCAACCGAGGAUCGUGUUGCCAAUGAGAUCAAGAAUAUUCGAGCUCUCACGGAAACGCAGUCAUCGCUUCUUGGAGGUGAGAACACGCCAUUGCAUGAGGGCGGAAGCACAGGGUUCAAGGGAAUCAACCCUGAGCGAUCAACCAUCUCUACACCCAAUCCCAUGGCCACACCGUUCCGGGGCGCCGGAGCUGGAGGCAUUGGUGCAACCCCACGAAUCGGCCAAACACCGCUGAGGACCCCAAGAGACACACUAGCCAUCAAUGCGAACGGAGACGUAUCAUCGCUCGUGAGCAUGACGCCAAGGGAUCAGAAGCUACAUCAGAACUCCCUCAGGCAACAGCUUCGGGCCGGUUUCUCGUCUCUGCCGAAACCCAAGGAGAUUGAGUUGGAGACACCCGAUGAGCCCGAAGAGGAAGAAGUGAUGGAGGAGCUCACAGAAGAAGACGCAGCAGAGCGGGACCGUCGGAUACGCGAGAAGCAGGAGGCUGAGGCAGCUGCUGAGCUUAAGCGACGAACCCAGGCUGUGCAGCGAGACCUUCCACGCCCUUCUGUCUUGGACGUCAAUAUGCUUCUGCAGAGGGCUUCUGCCGAGACUGGAAUACAUGGCAUGAUUGCGAAUGAGAUGGUGACGCUUAUCAGCACGGAUGCUCUUAGGUACCCCGUCAAGGGUGGCAAGCUCAUUGGAACAGUGCAGCCGUUGGAGCGGAUCGAUGAUGACUUCAUUGCGCGUGCCCGGGAUGAAAUGUUGCUUGAGCUCCCCGAGGAGGUGGCGAAGGCUGCAGGUGCCGAGUUUGAAGCAGUGUGGCUGAAGGUUCAUGGUGGCACGACCCUGCCCGGACUUGAAGACUACGUUGACGAUGAGGUUGACACGGAACAGCUUAAGAUCCAGGCCUUCGAUGCUAUCCAAGAUAAACUCACACAAGACGCCACACAAGGAAACAAACUGGAGAAGAAACUCUCGAUUCUGCUCGGUGGGUAUAUGAACCGCGAACGUACGUUGAUACAAAAAGUCCAGGAGGUAUCCGAGGCGAUCCUACAAACCAAGAUCGAUCUGGAUAGCUUCAGGACUUUGCGAAUUAGCGAGGCCGACGCUAUCCCUCGAAGACUGGAGAGUCUCAAGGAGGAAGCAGAAUUUGUCGAGAAGCGUGAGCGCGAGGCGCAGGAGGCCUAUAGGCGCAUGAAGGAGGAGUUGGAUGCAUUUGCUUGAACCGGACAUGAUAAUGGAUGGGGCUAAUUGGUUAUACUUGAUUGAUUGAUUGGUUGGGUGCUCGAUUGUAUCAUAGCUGAGUUUUUUUCUUCCUAAAUUAUUGAGAAGUGUGAUGAGAC